UUAUAUAUAUCUAUCGAUCACCCACCCUACAAUAGGAAAGCUCAUCUCAUUUCUCUUUUUUCUCGAUCUCUUGCUCAGAAUGGCGGUGAAGGUGACUAAGGCGCAGAAAAAGAUAGCUUAUGACGCCAAGAUCUGCAAGCUGCUAGAUACCUACUCUCAAAUACUGGUGGUGAGCGCCGACAAUGUAGGGUCCCGGCAGUUCCAGGACAUCCGCAGGGGGCUCCGUGGUGAUUCCAUCAUCCUCAUGGGUAAGAACACCAUGAUGAAACGCUCCAUCCGCAUGCAUGCUGAGAAGACCGACAACUCUGCUAUUCUCGCCCUCAUUCCUUGUCUCGUCAAUAAUGUGGGAUUGAUCUUCACUAAAGGAGAUCUGAAAGAAGUGAGCGAUGAAGUUUCCAAGUACAAGGUUGGAGCACCGGCAAGGGUUGGCCUCGUUGCUCCAGUUGAUGUGAUUGUUCCACCGGGAAGCACUGGACUUGACCCUUCUCAGACCAGUUUCUUUCAGGUGUUGAACAUCCCUACAAAGAUCAACAAAGGGACAGUGGAAAUCAUUACCCCAGUGGAAAUUAUCAAGAAGGGUGAAAAGGUGGGGUCGUCUGAGUCUGCUCUUCUCGCAAAGCUGGGCAUCAAGCCAUUCUCAUACGGAUUGAUUGUGGAGCAUGUGUAUGAUGAUGGGUCUGUGUUCGAUCCCAGGAUUCUUGAGCUCACAGAAGAUGAUCUUGCCGAGAAAUUUGCGGCCGGCUUGACCAAUGUCAUCUCCCUCUCCAUGGCUCUUGGGUACCCAACUCUUGCCGCCGUGCCCCACAUCUUCAUCAAUGGAUACAAGAAUCUUCUCUCUUUUGCGAUAGCAACAGAUUACUCCUUCCCACUGGCUGAUAAGAUAAAAGAAUAUUUAGAGGAUCCAACCAAAUUUGCUUCUGCUGCCCCGGUGGAAGAUGCUGGUGCUGAUGCCGCCGCUGAAUCAGCUCCUCCGGCCAAGGAGGAGGAGAAGAAACAAGAAUCUGAGGAAUCUGACGAUGACUUUGUUGGUGGAUUGUUUGGUGAUUGAUUGAGUAGUAGUUAAUUUAAGUCACUCCCUUUGAUGUUAGCUUUGGUGUAUGCCAUGCUAGUUAUUAGAUUUUCAUAUACAUUAACCUAAAUUUGGUUUAGUUUCUCAUCAACAAGUUCAUCAACUAGCAACAAUUAUUGAUCAGUUUCCCUUUUGUUUAGUGAAAUACACUACACACUCUCAUCUUCUUGCAAGAUUUAUAUA